AUGGAUACUAUUCGCCCGGGUCAUUUUUCCGAUUUAAAUACAAUCGGCCGCAAAACUGGCACCCGAGAAGACCUUGCUGGUCGUGAUUUCGUGACUCGCUGCCCCCCGGAUCUACCUCCCCGCCAUCGAGUACUCGCCCUCUUAGGAAUAUGUGAUACUCACAAUAUGGCUCACCCAAGUGAAGAUGGGUGGUUUGUUUCAGAUUUUUAUCUGUUCCAUCAUCUUCUUGAGCCCAAAUUCCCUCGAUCUCCAAACCAACUAUGGCUGACCUGUGAAGACCCCGCCGCACUUGUGGCCAAGUAUGGCGAAUUUUUACAUGGUGAUUCGAAAGGAGACCGCCGAGUUGUUCUAGACAAUGCAAUUCUCCCUGCGAUCGUUGGAUCCGGCAACAUUCGAGUUUGCCCCCGACAAGAUCUCUUGGAAAGAUAUCUAAGUACCUUACGCGAGCAAGCCAACGAAGCAGCCAGGCUUGGGGAACAUCUUCUUCUAUUCAUUUUUGGCCAUGGGAAACCAGAUUUUUCUCUGGAGGUUGCCCAGUCUUCGUUGGAAUUGAAGGAUUUUCGCCGUAUCCUACCACCUAAUCUAUCGGUAACCAUUUUCAUGACCCCUUGCUAUUCUGGCGGAUGGCUUGUUAUCCCAGAUUUUCCUCAAAAGCUGCUAAAUGCAACAGCUGUCACUGCAGCCGGACCCAAAGCAAUGUCUUUUUCCUGGCCAAAGAGUUCUACCCUUCAAAGAUCCAGUGGGAGUUUAGUCGCAUCCGCUUUCCUUCGCUGUCUAAUUGAUAUUGAAGAAGAUUCCGAGAGACAGGAAAUCGAGCAUCAUCCGACUUACAUCAAACUGGCUAAGUCUAUUUACGAUUGCGUAAAGACUAUGGGAAUUCAGGGAAGGGAAUCUGAAAUAUCUUUCUCUGCAGAGAAUGAUGAGUGGGAGCAGAGCUACCAAUCUCGACUGGGACUCCCUUUAACUGAAUACAAAGCGAAGUGGGAGUCUCUGCGCCAUGUUGCAUCCUCUGGAUAUUCUUCCCCGGAGUCACCUGUAACAGGAUGUUCAGGAUCCCGCGCACAGAAGCGAUUGGUAAAUUUGGCAAAAGAAUAUCUCGCAGCAAACCCGGGGCAGCAUAAUGCGUCCCCGAAUCUUGCCCUACACGGGAACCUACACAGAGUUCUUAAAGGUGAACAACUUCCUAAAGAAAAGGUGGAUAGACUUACCGAGGAAACCGCAUAUCGGCUUGCAUCGAUGCAUGAAGCAGAUUUCCUCAGAGAGCAAGCCGGCAUAAAAUACCCAUCCAUCUUCGAUCUGGAUACAAACGCCCUCAUAGCUAACAGAGCUACCGACUCUCAAUUGAGUCUCAAGACAUGGCAACUUUUGGUUGCCAAAAAAAUCAAUACUGAACCAAUUGGUAUACGAGGCGGCUAUCACAAAGGCCCCCAGUACCUCACAUUGGCUUUAGUGGAGACUUGUGGAUCUUGGGACCAAAUAAAUCAGCAUAUCUUGGAUAUGGCUUCCAAGAAAAAAUCUUGGUACAAGUUCAUUUUUCAAGCUUGGAAUGUGAACCGUGUUGCAAAUGAUGAGCGGGUCAUGAUGGCACGACACGCUGUUUUGGAGGCACUGAAAAAGAUUGGAAAAUAG